AUGGUCACAGCCGCAGAGUUGGGCAACACCACAUGGGAACUGUCGGUGCAGGUGGACCAACGAGAAGGAGAUGAAGGCAUGAAGUUUAAACUGAGAGUGAGGGGUGAUCUUCACAUUGGAGGACUCAUGCUCAAACUUGUCGAGAAAAUCCCGGCCCCCCAGGACUGGUCAGAUCAUGCUAUUUGGUGGGAGCAGAAGAACAUGUGGUUACUGAAAACACACUGGACUCUGGAUAAAUAUGGCGUCCAAGCCGACGCUGACCUACGUUACACACCCCAGCACAAACCUCUCUGUAUACAGCUACCCAACAUGAAAAACAUCAAACUGCCUGUCAGCUUCUCUACAGUGGUCUUCAAGACUGUGGCUGAGAUCUGCAGAAUUCUCAAUAUCAGGAGGUCUGAGGAGCUGUCUCUACUCAAGCCAAUAGAUAAUCCCAAGAAGAAGAAGAAACUGGACAAGGCCAAGGAUGUUAUUGAUGACAUUUUAAAUAUGGACAUCAGCAGUAGCUUGGCAGGAGGAACAAGCAGUCCAGGUCUCUACAGUAAAACCAUGACCCCAACCUACGACCCAGAGAAUGGCACCCCUGUCUCAGCCACCAGCCUGUGGUUUGGGGAGAACCCUCUGACCAAAUGCCAGCCUAACCUGCCUCCAGAUGAACUGGCCAAGAUUUACCAGCCCCUUGACCUGGAAGACAAAGCUGUCAUCAACGCUGGGUGGCUGGACUCCUCUCGCUCUUUAAUGGAACAGGGCAUCCAAGAAAAUGACAAACUCCUUCUGCGUUUCAAGUACCACUGCUUCUUUGACCUCAAUCCCAAGUACGAUGCAGUGAGGAUAACUCAGCUGUAUGAACAAGCUCGAUGGGCCAUUCUACUGGAGGAGAUUGACUGCACAGAGGAGGAGAUGCUCAUGUUCGCCUCACUGCAGUACCACAUCUGCAAACUCACCAUGUCUGCCGAACCACUGGACCACUCAAACGAGACAGAGGUCGAUGAAGUGGAAGCAGCACUAUCAAACCUAGAGGUGGCAUUGGAGGGAAGAACCACAGAUAAGAUUCUGGAGGACAUCACAGAUAUUCCAAAACUGGAGGACUCACUUAAACUGUUCAGACCCAAGCGACUGACACUUCGACCAUAUAAGGAGUACUGGUUUGUUUUUAAGGACACCACUAUAUCCUAUUACAAAAACAAAGAGGCAGCGAGCGGGGAGCCCAUUGAACAGCUCCACCUCCGAGGCUGUGAAGUUGUCCCUGAUGUCAAUGUGACAGAGAAGAAGUUUGGAAUUAAGCUCUUACUUCCUGUGGCAGAUGGAAUGAAUGAGGUGUAUAUUCGGUGCGACAAUGAGACACAGUACGCCAAAUGGAAAGCUGCCUGCAUUUUAGCUUCCAAAGGCAAGACGAUGGCCUACAGCUCAUACCGCACGGAGGUGAAGAACAUCCAGUCAUUUCUGCAGAUGAAGAGUCUGGCACCCCCUCCUGGCCAGGCUGCACCUAAUGUGGAGUCCAUGGGGAUGAACGCUGAAUGCUUUGUCUCCCCUCGCUAUGUCAAGAAAUACAAGAGCAAACAACUGACAACACGAAUCUUAGAGGCACAUCAGAACAUCGCCCAGCUUUCUCUGAUGGAAGCCAAAAUGCGUUUCAUUCAAGCAUGGCAGUCCCUACCAGAGUUUGGCAUCAAGUAUUAUGUUGUUAGGUUCAGAGGAAGCAAGAAGGAUGAGAUCUUGGGGAUUUCCUACAACAGACUGAUCCGCAUUGAUAUGUCCACAAAACUCCCAGUGACCACAUGGAGGUUUUCCAAUAUGAAACAGUGGAAUGUCAACUGGGAGAUCAGACAGGUGACCAUUGACUUUGACCAGAAUGUGUCAGUAUCUUUCUCCUGUCAGAGUUGUGACUGCAAAGUUGUUCACGAGUACAUCGGAGGCUACAUCUUCCUCUCAACACGCUCCAAGGAUCAGAAUGAAACACUAGAUGAAGAACUGUUCCACAAACUCACAGGAGGACAAGAAUGA